AUGAAUUGUCAAAAACUCAAGGGUGUCACCGAACUUCGCAAGGGAUGCUCUUCGGAGUCAUCGCUCAAGGCGGCAUCUCGGCACUUCGAUCUCUUCCUUGAAGAGGUGAUUUUGUCCGGCACCAUUGGCGGAAAAGAGAAGAAGCAGCUCUUUCCAAUAAGAAGCGUCAAUAACAGCACAGAUAGCAACAACAUUGAUAACAGCAAAAGAUUGGAUGGUGAUGCGCAGACGCAGUACUCGUUCAAAACCAUCGCUGUUACGGUACGCUACCUUGCGGCAUGUCCCUCGGACAGCUCCCACUUGGUAAGGAAAGUGUAA